CCCGAACAUGUGGGCCAUUUUCUGCAACACAGUGUCAAGUCAAAGCGUUGCAAACCACCGCUAGACUAGUUUACAGCUCAUGCCUUCUCAAGUGAAUUAUAUUUAUGGUGAAUUAUAGACGUUUGUUAUUUGCUGAGGCUUAUUUGAUCGCACCGGCUGGGUUGACCGUUUGCUGCUUAGUUCAACAUAUCCGUGUAAAAAGCAUCUAUCAAUGCUAAGCUAGCUAAAGACAGAAGAAAAAAUGGCUAAUGUCUCAAUACCAGUAAAUACUUGUGCACUAUUAUUGGAUAUCGAAGGAACGACGACUCCGAUUACGUUUGUAAAGGAUAUACUGUUUCCAUACAUAAAGGAGCACCUAGAAGAUUACCUAUCAGCGCACUGGGAAGAGGAUGAAUGCAAACAAGAUGUCCAUCUUCUCAAAAAACAGAUAGAAGAGGACAUAAAACAAAACCGGGCUUGCCCUGUCCACACUGUGGACCAGACAGUACACACAGAUGAAGAGAAAGCCAUCAGGGAAGUGGUGGAUAAUGUUUUGUGGCAGAUGGCUGCAGAUAGGAAGUCUACUGCACUCAAACAGCUACAAGGACACAUGUGGAGGACUGCCUACACAUCUGGGAAAAUUAAGGGCCAGGUAUAUGAAGAUGUAAUCCCAGCAAUCAGAAGAUGGCGGGAAAGGGGCCUGAAAGUUUAUAUUUAUUCCUCUGGGAGUGUGGAGGCACAGAAACUUUUAUUUGAAUACUCUAUUGAAGGAGAUGUUUUAGAUUUAUUUGAUGGUCACUUUGACACAAAUAUUGGCGCCAAGGUAGACAGUAAAAGUUAUAAAAAUAUAGCAGAAAGGAUUGGCUGUGGACCAGAUGAAAUCACUUUUUUGACAGAUGUUACUCGUGAGGCAAAAGCAGCAGAAGAGGCUGGAGUAAAUGUAGUGGUGGUUGUCAGGCCUGGCAACAUGGAGCUAACAAAUGAAGAGAGGGACCAUUAUAACCUCAUAACUACAUUUAACCAACUUGAACUGUUGGGAUAACAUAUCGAAUGCACAUUUGAAACAAAGACAUAACUCAGUGAAAAUACUGUACCGUAUUUUCCGGGCUAUUAGGAGCUCUGGAUCAUAAGAUGCACUGUCAUUAAAUGGUCUAUUUUCGAACUUUUUUCACAAAUAAACCGCACUGGACUUUAAACGAAACACAACAGUUAGAUGGGUCAGUCGGACUUUGUUUGGCGCGUUCAUCAAAAACAGUGCAAGAAUAUUUACAGUGAGCAAAAAUGUCCAAAAAGUAUUUACAAUAAAGAAACAGGGUCGAGUUCAA